CUGCGAGAUUAUUCAGGGUAAAAGCUGAUUUUUCAUCUGGCAACACUGGCAUAUAAUAACAAAACAACACGCGGAAAUUGAAAUAAACAAUGGAAUUAACUAAAAAAUCCAAGAAAUCGAAGAACGCCAAGAAAUCGAAGUCGCCUAGAAGUGUUAAGGAAUCGGCCGUUUCGAUCAAAUUGACGGCCCUGCACCGCAAGCAAAAGGAAGUUGCCCGCGUGCUCACUUUAAAACAGGAGAUAUUAUUAAAAUCUGGAGUUUCCUACCUGGAAUACCUGGAGAUUCGUGCAGAAAUCGAAAGACUCAAUGGUUUAAAGGAGACAUUUUUGCGCCGUGCGGAAAAAUUGAAACAACAAGACAAGUAGUUAAUAACUAAAUUUCAUUUAAGAAAACAAUAGAAAUAUAAUGAAAUUCAUAGUCUGAACAAUAAUAGUUAACACUGUCUGCUAUUGACUUAAAUUAUCAUAACAAAAAAAUUAGGCCAAUGGCUUAAAAAGCAAUUCGCUUAACUUAAAGCCGAUUAGAAUGAAAAGAUUUAAAUCUAGUUAACGGAGAAUAAAAUUAUUGCUUAUUUCAUUUUGCUACUUGUGGUAGAAA